CGCGCGAGUCCCCCCUCGUCGUCAGUAGUGCGCGAGCGCUGAGCGGGAACGCACGGAGCCGCGCGAGCUCCUGCCUCGAGCUCUACAUUUCCCCCAUUUUGUUUUUUUAUUCCCAAUUUCAUGGAAGAAGCUUUUAGGGAAUUUUUAGGUUAGGUGUUUUAUUUGAGGCGAGCUGUGCUCCUUUUCCAGUCCCUCUGUGUGUCCUAACACCUGCCGGACAUUUUCUCUUUUAUUUCAGGAGAACUGGCUGUGGAGAGAGAAGCGGUUUGGGACAGAAGCAUUAACCUUCAUCUGAGGAGGAAAAGUGGAGGAGAACUUUUCCUCUCAGUCUGGAGGAUCAUCAGAUCUCCACCAAAAUAUUACACUUGGCCUUGAUCUUGUCGAUUUAGGGAAAUACAGAAAAAAAAAAAAAAAAAAGGCUGAAACUUCUCCUGCUUCUUCUAAAACAUUUUGGGAAACCAUCUUCAGAUAUGGGAAUAAUAUGGAUUUACUCUAACGUAUAACUAAUAUCACUAGCUAACUCAAAGAUGGAGAACUUUCUGGAGCGUUUUCUUACAUGUUCUUCAUUUUGAUGCCAGAAAACAGAAGAAUCACCAAAUUCCUCUGGUGAGGAACUCAUUGUGAAGAACAAACAAUCCUUGAAGAUCUACAGAUGUGUCAUUAGAGUCGAUUUUGCUUCAAUCUUCUCAGGCGUGGUCUUCACACUUUUUUGGUUCUCAUACACAUCACACCUUAUAGGAGUUAAUGAACUUCAUGUUUAUUGAAGGACCUCAUAAACUUGUUGGUGUUAAAGACCUCAGAUUUGACGCUUUGAGGGAUCGUAAUAGCGUCACGUUUUUCUGAAUAAUCUCAUGAACUUAAUGAGCUUCAUAUUUCUGAAGGUUUUUGUGAACAGGCUCUAGAGGAUGUGAUUGAAUUCAUACUUUGAAGGAUCUCAUGAGCUUCAUGCUUUGAAGGAUAAUGAACUCUACGCAUUGAAGGAGCUCAUGAACUUGCUCUGAUCUACUCCGACUGCAGAUUUUCGUAUGCGCUCCUCCUCGGGUUUCUUUUGCAGGAUGGAGAGAGGAGCUCAGAAACUCUCCGAAUGUCCUCAUGGACUGACGUUUUUAGUUAUAUUCCUCAUGGAGAGCUUAACGGUCACGGCAGCCAACCUGGAGCCCAUCUACUGGAACUCCUUGAACAGUAGGUUUGGGGACGAGCGAGGUUACGUGCUGUACCCUCAGAUGGGGGACCGUUUGGACCUGGUGUGUCCCGCGUCCCCUUCCCUGCCACAGUACGAGUUCUAUAAGCUGUACCUGGUGUCGAAGCGCGAGCAGGCGGACAGGUGCGAGCUGAGCGAAGACUCCAACCUGCUGCUCACCUGCGACAAACCCAACGCCGACACGCGCUUCACCAUCAAGUUCCAGGAGUUCUCCCCCAACCUGUGGGGCCACGAGUUCAAGAACCUGCACGACUACUACAUCAUAGCUACCUCGGAUGGGACGAAGCAGGGGUUAGACAGCAUGAGAGGGGGAGCAUGUGCAACACGAGGGAUGAAGGUUGUGCUCAAAGUGGGACAGAGUGCAUAUGGACUUCCCCCCAAACCAAAACUCGAUUCGGGUCGCUCUAGCAGCAAAACUCCAGAUCACGACACGGACUCCCCGAACAGCGUGAACGGGGCCGAAGCGGGCGAGAUGGACACAGGUGACGGCUCCGUCUCUUCCUCGAUCACCGUGGUGAUCUUCAGCGCAGUGGGCGGAGCUUUUGUCCUGCUGCUGGUUGCCGUGGUGAUCGGGGUGGUGUGUUACCGCAGGAGGAAAGCCAAACACUCAGAAACACAGCGCCCUAGCCUAUCUCUCUCCGCCCUCACGCCCAGAAGGGGCGGGGCCAACACUGCAGGAAACGCAGGAGUCAUCGCGGGGGGUAACAUGACCGGCGGCACAGAGCCCAGUGACAUCAUCAUCCCGCUGCGGACUUCUGACUCCGCCUACUGCCCGCACUACGAGAAGGUCAGCGGCGAUUACGGACAUCCGGUCUACAUCGUACAGGAAAUGCCUCCUCAGAAUCCGGCUAAUAUCUACUAUAAAGUAUGAGGAGGGACCUGGAACUCUCUCUCUCUCUCUCUCACACACACACACACACACACACACUUAAAGACUGAAGACUCUUCCUUUCUUCACAGAAACACGUCCUUAUCGCACACGUCGUCGAUCGCCCGGGACGCGUUCUGUGUGUCAAGUUUGCGCCUUUAGUUUGCUACAAGGCUAAUGCUGCUAACAAGUAAUGGAAGCUUAUAGCCACCAGUUUAGCAUGUUACACUAAACCUGUGUGUAUAAAUCAUCCCACAGAAGCUGAAUCACUUCCUUCCUCAGCAGGCAGCUUGAUGUCACUCGACACCAGCACGGGCUCAGGGACGGGGCGGGGCUUAGUCAGUUAGCGCUCAAUGCUAAAUGUAAUUACGGAGUAUUUAUACGGUGUCUUUCUCAGUAGCGGCGAGCGAUAUGACAAAAAUAUCAUAUCGCGAUACUUGAAAUUUUCACGAUACACGAUAUGUAUCAAUAUUUAGGUUUGGUAACAAAAACAGCAAAACAUCAGCGUUUCAUCUUUUAAAUUUAAAAAAAAAAAAAAAAAAAAAAAAAAAGUACAAUAUCUACAAAAAUAAAGUAGAAUUUAAAAAAAAAAUUCUAAUCCUUUUAACAAAUUCUUUAAAAACUAUUUUAAAAAUAGAUUUUACAAAUCAUACUGCACAAAAAUGCACAAUUUUUAAGGAUUAGUACAAAACCAGAUCAGCUGCUCCCAAUCAGAGUUUGUCAUUGCUUUUGAAAAAGUUAUCACGAUGCGUACGAUAUCUCCGAAAUGUGUAUCGUGAUAAAUUAUAUCACGAUAUCGAUAUUACAUCAUCGUAUCGCCCAGCCCUAUUUCUCCGUAUCGUCUUAGCGGUUUUUCAACACGUCUGAGAAAAUCGUUGACGUUCCUGAUCAUCCUGCGUAUUUCCUACAUCCUACGUGUUCAUAUAAAAGAUUUCUGCGCUACGUUAGCUAGCUAAGCACCAUUAGCUUCCCAUUGUGAUAUUUCAGUAUUAUUAAAUGUUAUAUUUUUAUUACAUGUGCAAUAUCUAUAUCUAAUAAUAAAGUAUAUGAAUAUAAAAUAUCACCUGCUGUGGUUUCAACAGAUCUUUCAGUUAUUACUAAAGAAAAGUAAAAUCACGCCGUCAGUUUUUCAUCAUAUAUCUAUCAUUUGAUAUAUUUAUAUUCUUAUUUAUGUAUAAAGCCGUAAUAAUCACGUAGUAAUGAGUAAUUACCGUCAUUCUGCCGUGACACAACCACGUAAAUAUUCUAUAUAACCAUUAAAGUACGUAUAACGCUCCCGAGUCGAUUCGGCUAAAGCGGAGGCUAUAAGCUUCAUUUACUUGUUAGCAACAUUAGUGUUGUAGCUAAAGAUGCGAACCUGGCACAGAAAAAGCGUCUCGGUGCAGAAUAUACAUUUUGGGAUAAAAGUGACAUUGUGGACAUUUUACUUUUGGACUGCUCUGAAUGCUGUGUGUGUGUGUGUGUGUGUGUGUGUUAAACUGCAGAUCUUUAUACACACCUGCAGUAGAGACUGGCACUGAAGCCUUGUGUUACUUCCCUUUUCUCACCUGUUGUAGUAAAUGUUUGGAUUGUGUGUGUGUGUGUGUGUGUGUGUGUGUGUGUGUGUGUGUGUGUGUUAAAGAUGUCCUAAAACCCCACAAACACAUUGUAAGAUUGAACAGUGUUGAAAUAUUGAAGCGAUUGAUUUUAGA